AUGGGGAUUCUGAGAGAUUUUUCUUAAUAAUCAUUAUUGGCUUCCUUUUUGCUGAGUUUUUCGGAUCUGGCAACCCCGCUGUACUGUCAGUGCUUCACAGUGCUGUUUCAUGUCGGUUAUCGUGUUGCUGUUUGUGUCAGCUGUACACAUCAGCACAGACCUAAGAAAGGCUGCUAUGUUGCUUGCUUACAACUCAACUGAUUCUAUAAACGACAUUUUUUCUUGAUUUGAAAUCAAUUCAAGCUCGGCGUGUGAAUGCAGAAUGCUGGACGCAGUGUCGGUGACGGUGAGCUGGUUCGCGCAGCACGGUAAUGGGACGCUGCCUCCGGCUUCAGAGAACACAUCGGUUGGGCCCACAAGUCCAUCUCAAGCCAACAUCAGCCAACCACACAGCUGCCUGCGGGUGCUUUACGAGGAUAUAGGCUCCUCCAGGGUGCGCUUUUGGGACCUGCUGCUGCUGGUGCCAAAUGUGGCCUUCCUCGUGUUCCUGAUGUGGAAGCUUCCAUCAGCUCGCGCCAAGAUCCGCCUUACCUCCAGCCCCAUCUUUAUCACAUUUUACAUCCUGGUGUUUGUUGUGGCAGUUGUCGGAAUCACUCGAGCAAUUGUCUCCAUGACCGUGAGUGCAUCCAUCGCGGCUGUCAUCAUCGACAAGGUGCUGUGGGAGAUCACACGCUUCUUCCUGUUGACCAUCGAGCUCAGCGUUGUCAUAUUAGGACUGGCCUUCGGUCAUUUGGAGAGUAAGUCGAGCAUCAAACGGGUGUUGGCCAUAACGGCAGUGUUAGCACUGGCUUACUCAAUUACACAGGGUACACUGGAGAUUCUUUACCCCGAUCAGCAUCUCUCUGCUGAUGAUUUCAAUAUCUACGGUCACGGAGGCCGACAUUUCUGGUUGGCCAGCUCCUGCUUCUUCUUCCUGGUUUAUUCUCUGAUUGUUGUUCUGCCCAAAACCCCGAUCAGAGAAAGAAUAUCUUUGCCAUCUAAGAGGAGUUUUUACGUGUAUGCUGCCAUUCUGUCAGUGCUGAAUCUGGUGCAGGGUCUGGGUAGCGCUCUGCUCUGCGCUGAUAUCAUAGAAGGCCUGUGCUGUGUUGAUGUCACCACAUUCCUCUAUUUCUCUGUCUUUGCUCCUCUCAUCUACGUAACGUUCCUCAAAGGAUUCUUUGGUUCGGAGCCAAAGAUCUUGUUCUCCUACAAGUCUCAGAUAGACGAGCCGGACGAGCCUGAUGUGCACCUGCCUCACACUUCUUCUGCUGGCCUGGGCAGCAGGAAGGACCUGGAGCACAGUUCCUACUCUAGCACACAGAUAGACACUUCAGGGUCUUAUCUGGAUGACGUGGUGUCUGGCCCCUAUGGAACCGCACACAGCAUCAACAGCAUCGACAGUGACCGAUGGAGGGUCAUCAAUGCCUAGAGGAGGGAACGGGAUGGAACUGGAGCACGAAAAGACUGGCUUUAUCUGACCAAUUAAUGACUAACCUUCACCCAAUGAACUGCAUUCCCUUUAACGCAAUGAAUAGGCUUUGGAUUUGAGCUUGACUUGCAUGACAUCUCAGUAUAUGACAAGUUUGUCUGUGCUCAGUCAAGGUUAUGUUUUUUUUGUUUUUUUGUUUUGUUUUGUUUUGUUUUUUUAAAUUAGUACUUUUUAAAUACUGCUGUACACUUUCAGUUGUAACACCAGUGUGUUACGAGGCCUGUGCAGUACCUAGAGCGUUAUUGAAGGAAUAGUCAGGAACACACACGGCUUGGCUGGAAUUGAGCUCAGACAGAAUUAGCUGAAUGAUGAGCUGCUGAACGGGUAUUGUAAAAUACUGUGUACUGAGGGUUUUUUUGUUUGUUUGUUUGUUUUUUUUUUAAAUAAUAGAAAUAGACCAAUUUAGAUAUAUUGUCUUGACCUGUGCUUGGAUCCACUGCUUCUGUGUUCACUUGUGUUUUUUAUUUAUUUUAGUGAUCAUGCUAGUUAUAUUUUACCCUGUUCCAAUAUCAUUCCAUUUGAGAAACAUGCAGCAUAAAAAAAAAAAAACAAGUCAUCAUUUCAGGUUUUUGAUCCAUCAUGCUGUUUCUACAGACAUGGCUGGACUUUAAUGACCAAAAAUAUAUAUUUGAGUUUGAAAACUUUGUGCAUUUUGUAUUUAACAAUGAAAUCAUUGUUGAACUCGAAUAACAUGUCACAGGCUUACAACAUACACUGCAUAUUUUACAUUUUAAAUAUGGAUGAUUAUUUAUGGGUGAUGGUAAUACCAGAUCUUUUAUGUUCAUAGAAUGGAAACUGUCCAGAGAUCUUAGGGUUUUGUUUGUUUGUUUAUUUCAGCUGAAUGACUGAAUUUCUUGCCUUAGAGCAAUGCACACUACCUGCAUUAUCAAAAAUAUGUACCAAGACGGUAAACCGAGCAUAAUUUAAAGCAGUCACUCUAACAUUUAAGAUGCUUUUUAAAACCAGGCCUUGCUUGCCAGUUACUAAAAAGACUUCUUUUUUUAAUCCAAUAUAAAUCUCCCUGGAACUCCAGAGCACAGUAAUACUACAUAAAAUAUUACAUUUAGAAAGCUGGAAUGUUUCCACAAAAUGCUGUCAUACAGUAUUCAUGAAAAGUUUAUUUUUCCAUAUAUGUACAUAGUUGCAAUAGCUGUUGUAUAUUUUCCUGCCUGUAAUCAUAUAGCCUGUUUACUGUGGCAGUGCACGUUGCACGUCAUGGCAUCCUACAUCUGAACGCUGGUUUUGUAAGAUAGUGGCUGAAAUUAGUCAUUAAAACUUGUUACUGUGUGAUAACACCUUAUGAAAUCUGGACAUUCAUUUCCAGGACUAUUUUGAACACAGCUUGUCUGAAACAUUCAAAAAUGUGUAGUACACAAGCUUCAGUGAAUUUCACCACUGCACCUUCAACUGGUUACAAACUGUACAAAAUGCAGCAUAAACUUGUUUUCCCAAAAGCAACUGGUCGCUGUGUGUCUUCUCUAUAUGCUCGAUUUGGUUUCACUGUAAAUGGGGCUUUGUGUUAAAUCUAUAAAUCUUGGGUACUGUCCAGUUACUAUAGAGUUGCUAUGGAGAAGGUGGUAUUAGAUAGUGCAUGAGACGUUAAACUGAGGUUCUGACUUUCUGUGGUCAUUAAAAAUCCCAGGACACUUCUCGUAAAAGAGUAGGGGUAGAACCCCGUUGUCCUGGUGAAAUCGGCCCUUCUCUAGCAUGGCCCCCUAAUAAUCUCCAUCCCUGAAUUGGCUACAUCACUCUCCUCUCCACUAAAAGCUGGUGUGUGGUGGGCGUCAUCAUCCAGGUGGAUGCUACAUGCUAGUGGUGGUUGAGGAGAUCCCGCAACCCCCCUUACUAUGCUUUGGGUGUCCAGAAAAGUGCUAUGUAAAUGUAACUGUAACUAAAAAAAAUCAGAGUGUGGAAAACAUUCAUCUCAGCAUCUUUGACCAGGGCAUAGUUGUUGUUGCCUGGAUUGGCUUAAAAACUGCUGAUCUACUGAUAUUUUCAGGAACAACAGUCUAGUUUGUUUUGUGUG